AGGUUAAGGGUAAUUUUGGAAUUUUAGAAAUUAGUUUCGGGAAUUAUGCAAUGUGAUCUGUAAGUUAUUGGGCCAAAAAAAUUUGAAUGGAAAAUUGAGGCCCAAAAGUAGGGCAUGGCCGGCCAUGGGAAGGCCCAAACCCAUGGCCUUAUAACAUUUUUUCCAUGUGGUUAAUUGACUAAUGGACCAUAUUGUAUUAUAUAUGUGAUCUUAUCUAGUAAAUUCUAAAGAUAAGAAGCAAGAAAAUAAGAAAAGCAAGAGCAAGAAGAGAGAAGGGUUCGGGUGACCCUAAGGAAAAUUCACCAUUAAAAAUAUUGCUCCAAAAAUUCUUGUCUUGUUGAAUUUCUACUAAGUUUAGUACCCUUGUUAACUUGGUGUAGUUGGUUUGGAGAAAGGAGACCUUAUUUCAUCAAAGUGAACACAAGUUCAAGUGAAGAAGACUUGAGGAAAAGAUUUUUGACGAAACGGGAAGUGAGUUUGGAAAGGCGUAAAGAGCUUGAAAGGUACUGACGAUAGGUUUGCCGAUCCGUCUGUCUAGGAUAUCUUUUCCGCCAUUUGGAGCGCUCUUUUAUUCAGAGCCAUCUUUUGUUAUGCCUCCAAAAAAGGCGACAGCGGCCCAAAAGGCCAAGGUAGCAGCUGUGGGAGAGACUAGUCGGGCCCAGAGGGUUACCAGGGCCCAUGCUCAUAUUGGUCAUGAUGUUUUGCCCCCGGCAGAGGGCUCUUCCACACCGCCACAUAUAGAGGAGAUUGGAGCAGCAGCAGCUGCAGGUCGAGGGGCGGCUCCACCGCCAGCUCCCGCAGUUCCAGUACCUGAGCCUCCAGCUCCACGGCCAGGGACUGAGGAUCAGACUAUGAGAGAGGCAGUCCAGCUAUUGACCAGACUUGUGGCAGGACAGGUUCAGGGGCACGGAUUGGGAGGUGACCGAGCAUAUAGGCGUGACAGUUCGAGAGCUCGUGAGUUCUUGACUUGUGGCCCUCCAGAGUUCUUCGGGACAAAGCCCGAGGAGGAUCCUGAGGAGUUUAUCAGGAAGAUGCGGCGCACCUUACAUUUGAUUAAUGCUUCUGCGACAGAGUCAGUCACAUUGGCUUCGUACCGGUUGUAUGAUGUAGCGGCUAAUUGGUACGAGUCAUGGGAGUUAUCCAGAGGCGACGGCGCUCCCCCAGCAGUUUGGGAUGAUUUUUCUCAGGCUUUUCUUAGCCAUUUUCUGCCUCCGGAGUUACGGCGGGCCAAGGCUGACAGAUUCUUAUUGCUGAAACAGAGGGGUCGCAGUGUUCGAGAGUACAGUAUGGAGUUUGACUCAUUGGCCUGAUACGCACCUGCUGUGGUAGCUACUAUGGCUGACAGGAUGCACAGGUACAUUAUGGGGCUGGACCGUUAUUUUGUCGACAGUUGUUUGGUAUUGGCUGCUCAGCCCGACAUGGAUAUUGCCAGGAUUCAGGCGCACGCCCAGGGCAUGGAGGACCGGCAUAGGGAGCGUCAGCCUGAUAGGAGUCAGGAUCGGAGACAGCCCAAGAGGGCCAGAUCGUCUGGGUAUUCUGGAGAUUUUCGGGGCAGACAGCCUCAGCAGCAGCAGCAGCCUAGCAGACAUCUAUCCCAGCCGGCACAGAGCGCACCUCCACAGCCGAUAGGUCGCAGGUUUGAUAGCCCAGGGUAUUCAGGAGCAGGUCAGAGCUCCAGGGCUUCAGGUUCGCGGACAGAUAGGGGUUCUGGUCAGACGAGGCCACCUAGGCCUCAGUGUUCCUAUUGUGGUAGAUACCAUCCGGGAGAGUGCUACAGAGCCACCGGUGCAUGUUUUUCUUGUGGCCGUCAGGGCCAUUCUGUGAGAGAUUUCCCGUAUAAGGGUAGUGCGGGUGGUGCAACGCAGCCUACCGGAUCAGCCGCCGGGUCUUCAUCUUCAUCAAUGGCUAUGCGCCCUACGGGGCCAGGUACUUCAGCACCAGCGGGUCGCGGCAGAGGCCGUGGUGGAGCUUCUGGUACUAGCGGUCCUUCGAACCGCAUUUAUGCUCUGUCCAGCCGCCAGGAUCAGGCGGCAUCGCCUAAUGUCGUUACAGAUACAUUAUUGGUUUUCUCUCGGUCUGUGUAUGCAUUGAUUGAUCCAAGUUCGACUUUGUCAUAUAUUUCGCCUCUGGUUGCUAGUGAAAUUGGUAUAACGUCUGAACCUAUAGAGCCGUUUGAGGUAGCCACACCGAUUGGGGACUUUAUUGUAGCGAAACAGGUAUAUAAAGACUGUUCUGUAACUGUAUAUGGCCGUGACACUAAGGCAGAUCUGGUGGAGUUAGAUAUGAUCGAGUUCGAUGUUAUUAUGGGAAUGGACUGGCUAGCCUCCUGUUAUGCUAAUGUUGACUGCCAAAAUAAGGUAGUUCGUUUCCAGUUUCCUGGGGAGCCAGUUAUAGAAUGGGCCGGUAAUACAGCAUCGCCGAAAGGUAAGUUUAUUUCAUACCUUAAGGCGAAGAAAAUGAUCAGAAAGGGUUAUUUUUAUCAUCUGGUUCGGGUACAAGACUUGACAGCAGAAACGCCGACUCUUCAGUCAGUUCCCGUGGUUAAUGAAUUUCCGGAUGUAUUCCCAGAUGAGCUUCCAGGCCUUCCUCCGAAGCGGGAAAUAGAUUUUACUAUUGAUUUGCUUCCAGAUACUCAGCCGAUAUCUAUUCCCCCGUACAGAAUGGCACCGGCAGAAUUGAAAGAACUGAAAAAGCAGUUGAAGGAUCUGUUAGAAAAAGGCUUUAUCAUGCCCAGUACUUCGCCUUGGGGAGCCCCGGUAUUAUUUGUGCGUAAGAAAGACGGGUCGUUGCGUAUGUGUAUUGAUUAUCGGCAGCUGAAUAAGGUAACUAUAAAGAAUAAAUACCCCCUCCCCAGAAUUGAUGACUUGUUUGAUUAG